UCAACUCUUUGAGAAGAUUCGCCAACUCAACUCCCUUUGUCGAUCCACACUUGAUCUAAACAACCCCGGUCAAUAUCUACCAUGUAUUCCUGCGCAAAUUAUCCCCGUGGGUGCCGAGGCCGUGUCAACCGACAAGGAGCAAAGUGCUCUGACUGCGUUUCUCUAAACUUGCGCCGUCCGGCUUUCGCUUCGCCGUUCGCCCAAACGCGCGAUUACAAGCGUGCGCUGCCUUCAGAGCUCUUCGGCGACCUUUCCUCUAAAGCAUCUGAGCCUGAGCUGUAAUGAACGCAAAGAUCGCACACCCUGGGACGGUCCGGGGAAUAACCCAGCUCCUCGCUAGGUUGCAUCCUGCCGGCUGGGAUUC